UUUUGUUAUAAUGUUGGCACCAUUGGGCAACGUAGUGUUUGAUGUUUGAUUUUUUGAUUGAUGUAAAACGCGCAUCUCACCAGGUGUUUCGUAGUUUAUAAACAAAGUGAUGAGAUAACUUUAAAUCAACAAAUUCUACAAAUUAAUGAACAAUCAAGUUGCAUAACGGUUUAUUCUAUUUAUUUUUCGUAACAAUGGAACCCACUUCGCCAUGGAAAAGGCCCAACGAUGUAAUGAAGUUGCACAAGAUGAAAAAAAGAAAAAUAGCGUUACAGGAACGCAUGAAACAGCCUUCCCAACCUGCUGCAGAGCCAUCAAGCAGUCAAAAACAUGUAGAUUUAGAUUUCUCCAGAAUAUUAGAAGGGGAGAAAAGGAAAAAUCCAUUUUCCAAGAACAAACAGCAAGAAAAAAAGCCAAAGUUAGGAGUAGAUGAUCAACUGGAUGAGUCUAAUGACAAGACACUGUAUGCUUUAUUGAACCUGCCUGCUAAAGUACAGGAGAAACCUGCUAAAGAUGUGGACACAGAGAAACUGUCCACAUUCUCCAACCUAUUACAGAAAUUCACUGCUGAACAUUCUGUGGAGCCUAUUCCCGAGAAGAAAUACAAGCAUAUACCCAUUGACUGGGCAUUAAAAACUAAGUUAAGAUUGAUGUCCCCAAAACCUUUUGCAUGGACUUCUAAGUUGAAGGCAAGUGAAGAAGCUUCAGGGAUAACUGGCUUCGUCCGAUGUCUGGACACGACAACAUCGCCUACCUUAGACACGUCACCGCGUGCUCGAUUCCAUCAAGCUUGCCUUUACUGGCAACACCCACACCUACCCUGGUUGGACCUGUACCCCCGAUCGUCAGGGAAAGUUGCAGCUACAAGUUUCAUGGCAACGAAUGAAGAUGUAAAGCAAGCCAUAUACAGGGAAUGGACGGAAAGCUUUAGGUCCUUGUUUCAGUUGCUUCGCGCACUUCAUUGUCCCUACUUCUACGUGUGUGCGAAUACGUUCACCUGUCUAUUUCGCGCGGCGGGAGUGUGUGGGGUAUCAGAACCAUGCGCGUUGAUUGCACCCACUACGCGUGGAUUCCGACAAACUCUGCGACAGGAAGAUGUGGAAUACACAAUGCCACUGCGGCCAGACAGCAAGAAGAAACUAAACACAUCAGAUGAAGACAGACCAAAGAAUGCAUCUUUCGACAGUUGUUACGACACUAUGGACGACAAGAUGUCGCAGGAUGGACCGGAUAAGAAGGAAGACGAGGAUGAUGACGAUCCUGACCAGCUCCUAUCACAAAUGGGUUUCGAAACUGAAGUUAUUAAGAAAAUUAAUAUUACACAGGCUCGAAUAACCCACAGUGCAGAAAGCAGUGUUGACAGUGCGGCCGAGUCGCUCGUGUUCGUGCGAGGGGCAGAUGCGCAAGCAUUGUUCAAUUUUUUACUCAACUGCAAGUCUAUUGUGAGCCCCACCGGGCCCUUCGCUGGGGUGCCGCCUACUUUAUUAUCUCCAACGGCCUUCCAUGGCGGAACACUGCAGUCAUUAAAAGUACGUGAAAACACAAUACAUUCCGAUAGCAAUAAGUAUUAUUCAAUAGAACUACGAGGCCCAAUUCUGCCGACGACAGUGCACACAUUAUUCAACGUGUUGAAAACCAGUUCCUCGGCGCAGUUCAGUGCGACCUUCGCACAUCAUCAGCCCACGCUGGCUUUCUCGUGGGCUGCUCGUAAUAUAGCUGAAGAUGAAUCGUCGAAGGAAAACGAGCCCAACCAUUUUACCAAAGCAUUCAACAAGGAAAACCUUUCAGAUUGUGGUAUCAGUGAAGAGAUGCUGCAACAUUUCUGUUCAUCAGACCCCAAUGUCGUGAAACCUUUAGAUUGUGUCAAGUACAACACAGAGGACGAUACUUACAUGUGGUGAUAUUUUUUCUAGUAUUUAUUGUUGCAACUGUUUGUUAUACAUAUUGCGAUCAUGAAUUAAAU